GGCAAAAGACCCACUGUGUUGAAAGGCAUAGAUUGGGGUCAGUGUUGGAUAAUACGCGUUCACUUCCUCCUCCACUUUGUUCAUGUGUCCACAUGCAUGCACGAGGCCAAAGGAACGUGGCGCAUGGAGGCCUUUUGCCUGUACCAAUGUGUUCAGUGCACACCUGAAUGUUCCACUGUGAUAUAGUGCUCAUAAAUCUGGCUUCAUGUCUAGUUUAUUUUGCAGAGGAUUAUGUUAUUGCAGGGCAGUUAAGUCUCACACAGCCGGAGUUUCACACUCGGGAAAUGAAGGGAAAUAAAUCUUGGCCUGUCCGGGACAUGGUCGGACCCUGCACCCUGAUGCCCGUGUGGGUGCGCAGACGGGCGGGGAACAGUAGAGGAGCCAGCCGCUGAUGAGCCUCGAGAGCUAACACAUCCACAACCAGUACUACAUGACCGAUUCAUCCCUACAGGAGCAACACAGGAUACGGCACGAUGCUUGAUGGACUCAGGCGGAGGCACGCCUCUCGGCCCUCCUCCAGACCCUCCUCUCGGCCCCUGUCACUCAACUUCAGCACCUUUUCGGCCCCUCCCCCGAGCCCAGACAUGGACACCAGCAGUGAGCAUCCAAUCAGGAGGACAUUGCACCGGCUGAAGUUGAUGAGCUCUCCCAGCCUGAGCGAGCUGGGGAAGAGCGAGAAAGGUUCACCUGAGGACAGAGGAGAGAAGCAGAAGAGGGCAGGAGCAAACGCCACCUGGAACAGCAUCCACAAUGCCGUGAUAGCAGUCUUCCAGAAGAAAGGUUUGGCAGAUAACGAACUCUACGUCCUCAAUGAAGGCGUCCGGCAUCUGCUGAAGACUGAACUUGGGUCCUUCUUCACAGAAUACCUCCAGAAUCAGCUGCUGACCAAAGGCAUGGUCAUUCUUCGGGACAAAAUAAGAUUCUAUGAAGGUCAGAAGUUAUUGGACUCUCUGGCAGAGACCUGGGACUUCUUCUUCUGUGACGUCCUCUCUAUGCUGCAGGCUAUCUUUCAUCCAGUUCAGGGUAAGGAGCCCUCCGUCAAACAGCUAGCUCUGCUUCACUUCAGGAACACCAUCGUGCUGAGUGUAAAGUUAGAGGACGCCCUGUCUCGACCUCGAGCCCGGGUGCCCCCCUCUGUUACACAGAUGCUGCUUAUUCUACAGGGUGUCCAUGAGUCUCGUGGUGUGAAUGAGGAGUACCUGAGGCUCGAGUCUCUGGUUCAGAAGGUGGUCUCCCCCUACCUGGGCACCCAUGGGCUUUACUCGGGAGAUGGUGCUGAGGCCAACUGCUGUGUUCUGGAGAAGUGUUUGCCGUGGGGCUGGCCAAAGUCUGCGGAUCAACCAUCUAAGAACCCUGUGGUACGAUCAAAAAGCUACAACAUCCCUCUGCUGCUGACCCCGGUGGCCGAGUAUGACCCAGAUGCCAGCUCUGUGGGCAGUGGAGGAAUUAGGCGCCACUCGGCCUGUGAGAUUAUAUCAUGCCUGGAGGAACAAGGACUGGCCUAUGCUGACCUAGCCUCAGGAUCUGAACUGUCUGGCCCUGCCUCCAACCGGCUGUGUGUGACCUCUCAGUUCAACGGUAUUUUGAAAGCAGGUUCGAGUGUUUUGGACUUGCCUCUGUCCUCUCCGUCCAUCCUCCCCCUUCGCUCCUCAGGAGCUUUGCACGGCACUGAGGCCACGACAACAAUGACUGAUCUCAGUAUGGGUGCAUCCUCCACACCGCCCAGUGAAUCAUCCAGCCCCGAAACCAUAAUUGGACAAGUGCUGGAGUCUGCAGACUCAGACUCUGAGGGGAUAUUCAUCGAUUUCCCUCCUCACUCCUCAGAGGCUCUGGGAUACAGCCGCGAGAGUAGACAGAGCAUUGUGUAGCUGUGGUUGCACGCAGUCACAGUGUGUGCAUUAAUAAUCUGUCAUUAAUACAGAUUUAACAAAGCUA